AUGGAUCCAUACAACAAGCAAAAGACAUCCACGAAAAGCUAUUUUAUUGGCGGUGCCCUUGCCGCGGCCGUCGUGUUUCUCUUGUGGAAUGCCUUCACUCCAUCAGCCCCCGCGGCAGCCACCGUAUUUAUCAAGGGGGACUCGACAGUCACCGGAAAGGUCACGUUUGAGCAAGCCUCGGCAGACGCUCCUGUAGUUGUCACCGGCAACCUUGCGGGCCUCGACCCGUCUGCGUCGCGUGGGUUCCAUAUUCACCAAUUUGGAGACCUGAGCGAAGGAUGCGUCUCUACUGGGUCUCAUUUCAAUCCUUUUGGGAAAAAUCAUGGUGCACCCACUGAUACGGACAGGCACGUUGGCGAUCUGGGCAACGUCCAGUCUGAUGAGGCGGGAGUAGCUGCAUUUUCAUUCAGCGACAGCCUCAUUUCCCUCAAUGGACCUCUGAGCAUCAUUGGGCGUGCCGUUGUUGUCCACGCGGGUACUGAUGACCUUGGCAAAGGAGGUAACGAAGAGUCUCUCAAGACCGGUAAUGCAGGCGGACGUGCUGCCUGCGGUGUCAUUGGUCUGGUGUGAAUGAUGAACUAUGUACACAUGUAGUAUUCCAAUUAUCGAACCAUUUCCCUGUUGCUUGGUCAUAAAAGUGGAGCGGAUUUACGACUUGUCACCAGACAAUCACGAACAGUAGUCAUUGCUGAGCGACAUUCGGAGUUGUAUCAUGAGACCUCAGAUGUUGGCAUUCGUUCAGAAUCGUCGUUAUCUAUUGAUAGGUUGGUACUUUCGCCAGCAGUGGAAACUGUCGCCUUGUGAGGACAGCAGGGUCCUGACUUACUCA